AGCGCGGCCUCGCUUGGCCCGGAGCGAAGAGGUGACCCGGAGCGAAGAGGUGGCCCGGAGCGAAGAGGUGGCCCGGAGCGAAGAGGUGGCCCGAAACGAAGAGGUGGCCCGGAGCGAAGAGGUGGCUCAGAGCGAGGAAAUGGCGACAGCAGGGCUCAGCGUGACCGUCACCCACAGCAAUGAGAAGCAUGACCUUCAUGUUAUCCCACAAGAAGGCUGUAGUGAACCAGUUGUCCAAGACCUGGCCCAGGUUGUUGAAGAGGCCACAGGGGUCCCGCUGCCUUUUCAGAAACUCAUAUUUAAGGGAAAAUCUCUGAAAGAAAUGGAGACACCACUGUCAGCACUUGGAAUACAAAAUGGUUGCCGGGUCAUGUUAAUUGGAAAAAAGAAUAGUCCAGAGGAAGAAGCUGAACUAAAGAAGUUGAAAGAUUUGGAGAAGUCUGUGGAGAAGAUAGCUGACCAACUGGAAGAGUUGAAUAAAGACCUUACUGGAAUCCAGCAGGGUUUUCUGGCCAAGGAUUUGCAAGCUGAAGCUCUCUGCAAACUGGAUAGGAGAGUAAAGGUGACAAUCGAGCAGUUUAUGAAGAUCUUAGAGGAGAUUGACACACUAAUUCUGCCAGAAAAUUUCAAAGACAGUAGACUGAAAAGGAAAGGUUUGGUGAAAAGGAUUCAGGCAUUCCUAGCUGAGUGUGACACAGUGGAGCAGAACAUCUGCCAGGAGACGGAGCGACUGCAGUCCACAAACUUGGCCCUGGCCGACUGAGGUGAGGCAGAAAGAUGCUACCCUGAAGAAUGACUCCGCCAGCUCUGCCCUCUCUGGAACAGACGUUACCUGAUUUCUCCAGGGCUACUGGGGACUUAUGGCCAACUGCCAGUUUCCCUUCCCUUACACCCGCUCUCAAUGAACAAGUAUUGUCUACGCGAUCUUUAGCACUCCUGUCAGUUUCACACUCCGUCUCUGAGUGUCUGUGCUGCCCACAGCCCGUCUUGUCUGGAGAGGGCCUCACCUGCCCGAGUCUUCCCAGCUCUUUUGACCGUAAGUGCUUUCUUUGGGCUGGUGAUAGCUCUCGUUUGUCCUGGGGUAGUUCUGGGCGUAUAGGCUGCUCUGGUCUUCAGUCAGAUACGUGGGGCCUUUUUGUCCUUAUGAUCCCAUAGUCCUCUCUUUCAAACCAGAAUCACCAGGAGCCUUCAUCUGGUUAGGAAUGUUGGGAAUGGCUCGGAACAGGUGUUUUGGCAGGCAGGCAGUCCAAGAAUCUCUCUCUCCAAGUAUCUCUUGUGACCUAAUUCUGGAUCAGCUGGCUGGGUUGUUGGUCCAUAGACCCUGUCCUCACCUGCCAGUGACCCUGACACGCCACAGGCUGUGACCAGCAAACGUCUAGAAGGUUAGAACCCAGAGUUGACUAAGUCUCUGCUUGAAACCAGGUCAGAACCGUGGCUUAGGAGGGGGAGAGAAGGGAGACAGAGUGGGUAGAGCAGGAAGGUAGUGAGGGCAACCACAGACUUCUCAGGAGUUCCUUCAAAGGCAUUUCUGUUAACCGUGCCCUUCUGAGAUCUGUAUUUCCUUCAAGCCGUUUCUGUUUUGUGUCCUUUUUUCCCUUCAUUGUUAUUUAAAAACAAAUCAAAAAAACCUACCAGUUUAUAGACACAUCAGCAAGCAGAAAGGGUGUUUCAACUUUUUUUUUCUUUUUGGUAGUUGAAGUGUAGAGAAGCAAAAGCCUUCUGAAGUUCUAGUCUGGUUCUGUUUAGUAAUGUCACAAGUGGCCAUGCAUGCUAGAACUCUUAAACGGGUCAGCUGCUGUAAUGCCAUUUUUUUUGGACAGUGCCCAGGAGAGACUCCCAGCAGGCCACUCUGAGGCCAACCUUAUUUGGCAGAGAGGGAGUCAGUGAAGUCCUAGGAAUUUAGGGCUGCGGGGGUGGGACUAGGACAGGUUGGUGGCAGGGGCGGAUGAGUGACAGGCUGUGGGCCCCACCAUCCCACCCUGACUUUAGUGAGAGCAGUUCAGUAUUUAUCUGUUUCUGUGUAGUAGCUGGGUGGCCUUGGGCCACAGCAAGUUCCUGUGUGUCAGAUACCAUUCUCAGUUCUUUAGAUGUAUUUGUCAUUUAGUCCUCACACAGUCUAGGAGGUAGACAGAUCCUAUCCCUGUUUCAGAGAUGAACUUAGGUAAUUUGCUCAAGGUCAUAGUGACAAAGCCAGGACACAAACUGGGCAGUUUAAUUCAGAGCCCACAUUCUAAACCUCUACCAUUUUGCCUCCCAGCCAACAUGGGGUUGCUCACACUCUCAUCUCCUCCCUCCUUUUCCUCCUGUUUAUCUCUCAUGAUGGUCUCCGCCCUUCCUCUCUGGCCCUCUCCAGUCCAUUCUCCACAGAGCAGCCUGAGUGAUCAUGAGGUACGCAUCUUAUCAUGUUAGUCCCCUGCUUAAAAACCUCAGCGGCUCCCAUUUCUCUCGGGGUAAAGGCCAAAGUCCUUACCCUCCUCCCUUCUCAUCUGGGGCCACCCUCCUGUUUGCUCUCUGCUGUCAGCCACUCUGGUCUGGUUCAGAUCCUCAGUUGCUCUGUGCCCUCUCCUGCUACAGGGUCUUUGCACACGCUGUUCCUCUGCUUGGACAGCUCCUCAGCAUCCUUCCCCUGCCCCAACCCCUUUCCUCAGUAACCCCUGUUCAUCCUUCAGAACUGAAGUGUCUCCUCCUGGAGAAGCCUCGCCCAGUGUCUGAGAACAUAUCAAGCCCCCAGGUGAUAUCCUCUCAUAGCUUGCUGUAACUUUUCUUUAAGAUGAAGAGCAUUUACCAUGGUCUAUGAUUUAUUUGUGGCAUUAUUUGAUUAAUAUUUGCCUUUAAUGUUAGACUGUAAGUUCCUUGGGUUAAGGAGCUUUGUGUAUUUCAAGCACAUUGUCUGGUUUAUAGUUGGUGCUUAAUAAAUAUUUGAAGAAUGAAUGAA